AUGGUGAACCUCAACAAGCUGCCAGCCUUCCUCACAGACCCGAACCACCCGAUCGGGAGUCUGUUGCUGGGGCUGCGUGAGUUCUUCUUCGACUCGGUGCGCCUCGUUCGUCGCUGCACCAAGCCCGAUGCCCGCGAGUUCAGGAAGAUCGCGUACGCAUGCGCAAUCGGCUUCCUGCUCAUGGGUUUCAUCGGCUAUUUCAUCAAGCUCAUCUUCAUCCCCAUUAACAACAUCCUGGUUGGCCCUCCGGCGUAA